AUGGUUAAAAAAUCUCGCUCUUUCUCUUGCUGUCUGAUCGAGUGCUGUACCAUACUUGAAUCAUUACUUCGCAUUUUCCAGCCAGAGAAUUCCACACAACAGCGUACUCAAUUACAGAUACUAAAAGAACUCGGCUACCUGUACCUUGAAACCACUGACUAUCCAAAAUCAAUCGAGUACGCCCAGAAGCUUCUACAUUUGGCCGACACGUUGAACGUUCAGAAUUUCAAAGCAGAUGCCGAUAACCUACUUGGUACCAACUACGCCCAUCAGGACUCGUUCGAGAAAGGACUGUUGCACUUAGACGCAUAUGAGCAAUACUGCCAUGAGACCGCUGACGAGUUGGGCAAAGCCAACAUAUUGUUGAUGCGGUCCAAAAUUGCUCGUCAACGUCACGAAGAUGAAAUAUCUUUACGGUAUGCAAAGGAUUUUCUGGAUAAAGCUAAAACAGCGAACGAUGAAAUAGUUGAAACUAAGGCCCUGGUUAAUCUUGCUGAUGCACAUUUGCGUCUUUUUAACAUACAACAGAGCUUACACUUUUCCGACAAAUGUCUGCAAUUAGCUAAAAAAAUCUGUCAUGUCAAAAUGGAGAUGGAAGGCAAGUUUUCAAAGGCCACUGCAAUUCUAGUGUUGGGAGAAAAUGAGAAAGCGUAUAUUAUGCUCAUGGAAUGCCUUAAGUUCCUUGAAACUCAUCACAAGAAUAAAGAUUUAGAAUAUGGAACCUUGGUGUUGAACAACAUUAGCUAUGCAGCCCUUCGUUUGAGCCAGAAGUACGAUAGCAACAAGCUGAGGGAAGAGGCCUUGGUAUUUAUCCAGAGAUCUCUAUCGAUUGCCGAAUCCAUUAAUGUUCCUAGUGAUGUUGCCCUCGCUCAUUUAAAUAUGGGGUUGGCGCUUAUGGAAGGUUACGAAGAUUAUGACAACGCCAUAAAACAUUUUGACGAAUGUUUAAGAAUUGGAGCGGAAUUGAAAGGCACCAGAAUUAUUCAUAACUGCAACUGCAGCCUCGGUAGGUUAUACGAAGCCAAAGGAGAAAGACGGAUUGCAAAGGAGUAUUUCACGAAAGCACUAGAAACAAAAGACCCACCUUGUACUCACUGGGGUGAGGCAGACAAUCUACAAUUCAGCCCCGACUACUGGCUGGCAUUACAGCACAUCGAUGAGAAAAAGUGGAAAGACGCGGAGAAAUGCCUUCAAGGAGUGAUUCAAAGAUGCAAACGUCAAGGCAAGAGUGUCAACGACAGCCUUCUCAAAAUAUCCUUCAACGACAAGUUGACACAGCCAUACCAGUAUUUACAAUAUGCUUAUCUCGAAAUGGAGGCCAAUAAAGACGCUUUAGUCAUUGGCGAAGAAGGAAGAGCACGAGAUUUUUACGACAAAGUGGUUGACAGAAACGACAAUGUUGCAGUUGAACCUGCACGCAACCCAGAUCUGUUAAAGAUCUUCAAGGCUCACAAUACAGCCGCGUUAUUUUUAUCUCAGCUGACUGUCGUAGGUCGAGUGUAUUGUUGGUUGAUUGGAAGCGAUAGUAGAAUCAUACAUGUAUUUUGGGUGUCACAAGACAAGUGGAAACCAUUGCACACCAAACUGUGUGUUGCCAUGCACGAAUUUGCAGUUCAGUGGGAAAAUUCAGAGAUAUCCAUUGAAUACAGAGGAGUGGAGACGGUGGAAGAUGACGCCGUAGUUUCAUUUUCUGAGUAUCUACAAAGCGGUAGCAAACACACCGAGUCUUCAAUGGAAGACGCGCUCGAGAAGAAGGUUUUGGACCCAAUUCCUAUGUCAAAACAUUUGUUCGACCCAUUCGCUGAGAAAGAAAUCAAUGGAAGCAUAACAGGGAUCAAUGAAUCGAUUCCAAGAUCAAUCCAUAGCCCAAUAUCUCAAACACAACCAUAUUUUUCUUUGAGACGUGAGGCAGCAACAAGUUCAAAGAAAGAUUCAACAAAUCCAAUCGAAGAGUUGUCGGAGAUUACGAAUGAAAUAAGGUAAAUUAUUUUCAAGUGAAACUUUGGGAAAAUUAAUGUAUUUCUAGAUUAUAGCUUCUAAUAUAAAAAUAGAUUAAGGAACUCGCAUUUCGAUAACGAAAUAAAUUGUUCUCGAAUUCGUCUAAGAAAAGAGUCCAACUGUUUUGGGCUGCUUCUGAUGUCGAAAAAUUGAUCCGUGCGGUAAAUAUUUCUUCCCAUCAAAAAUCUUUUGCCAUUUCUUCAAUUAAACAUUCGAACUUCUGAAUCUUUCAAAAUUUGGCGCGACGAUCCAAUUCCAAAUACAUUGUUCCACAUUAGUAAUCGCUACGCCUCCGUACUUCAUACCCGUUUUCGCCUGUUUCAUUGUACCUUAAAUCAUUAUUUGUUCUUAAUAAAUUGCGCGCCAUCGCCAUUAUGUUCUUGUGGUUCUUUGACUGUGGCCGAUACGAUGCUCAACGCUAUGUUCUUCUUGCUUCCGCUGCACAUUAACUUGGUUCCAAAUGGUUAAAUUCAACAAGCAAAAUGCGUUUAUCAUGGUUUUUGAACGGCCAUCCUGACGUUGCGCCACAAACAGAUGCUAAUCUUUUUCUAAUUCUUCAAAACUUUAUUGUGAACUCUUUUUCUAAUUAUUCAAAACUUUAUUGUGAACACUAUAAACGCUUUCGUUAAAGUCAAGAACACUUUUCAGCCAUGUGGAAAUGUUAAUUUUGUAAGAUAGAAGACGCUGUUAAUUCUGCAGGUGCAUGGCGAUGUGUGUGUCAAGAUUUAUAGUGAUUAUUUUUCUCAUACGUUGCGACUAUAUAUUUAUUAAUUUCACUGCAAACUAUGCAUUUAUUGUUAGGCAAGCUUUCCCUAGAUAAGCCUACGGCUUUUGGAAAAAUUGCCAUUUCUUCUUUUUUUUAAAAUUAAAUUAAUAUUGUUUAUAUGAAACUGACAUGACCGAUGUUUGAUCUGCAUACAGAAAAUCUCCAAAGCAAAUAAAAUAUAUGUCCCAACCUAACUAACUUCAGCACUGGCCAAUCCCAAUUAAAACACUGGCGGGGCAGCAAUAGGGGGGUGACACCCCCCUGAAAACGUCUUUUCGGCAAAAUAACCGUUUUAUCGCAAAUCGUUUUCGUAAUCAUCGAAUAUAUUUGAGUAGCUCGGAUUAAAAAGUAAUAGUUAUAGCAAAAAAUUUGAUAAAUUAACGAAAAUUUUAAGAAAUUACGGUACAUGAAUUGGAAAGUUAGUGAACAAUAAUUUUUUACCUAGCCUCUACUGCUACGGCCCUGGACACUGAUUGCGCUAAAUUUCGCAUGACAAUUUUCAGGCGAAGAGUUCAUAAAAUGUGUAAUUUUUUUCUAAUUAAGCGAGCUGUUUCUGAAUCCAAUUGAGCAUCAUUUAAAUCAGAUGAUCAAAGCGUCCACAACUGGAAAACCCUCACUACUGAUCAUUCCACAAGAAAAUACCUUCAAUAUUCCUUAUGCAGCAUUACGAUUGAAGAAUGGGAAAUACCUUUGCCACCAAGUGACCUUACUCGAGGCAUUCUCUUUACAUUCGUUCAUUCACUCCACCAGACGACCGGAAUCUACCAAAGAGGACAGCGAUCGAAUGGAAGAAUCACUUAUCGUCGGGAAUCCAACCAAUGACCUCCCUGAACUGCCAUGUGCUCAACAAGAAGCAGAAAUGAUUGCAAGGUUGCUUGGUGUCAUCCCACUGAUCGGGCGUUUGGCAACACGUAGUGAAGUAGUAAGUCGCCUUCCGUCAGCACCAAUAAUUCAUUUUGCUUGCCAUGGUAGUAAUGAUGGACGAAGCUUGUUUUUGGCGCCAGAAAAGGAAUGGUAA